AGUUUUAAAAAAUUACUGAUAACAAUUAUUUGACAACUUUAACAAUAAUCAUUCUGUAACAGACAAGAUAAACGAUAUUGAAAUAUUUGUAGUAGCCAUAACUUUUUAAAAUAAAAAUGUAUGAAUAAAAAAUACACUUCUAUAUAUAUAUAUAUAUAUAUAUAUGUAUAUUUUGUCUUGAAUUGUUAUUGAUUUUUGAUAUUAUUUGCUAUUAAAUAAACUGAAUACGAUGAAAUUUUAGAAUUCUCCAAGGAAUUAAAAUAAAGGUUAUGUAUUUACUUAUUAGAUCAUCAGCAUCAGCAACUAUCGGUCAUCUGGUAAUCGUUGUAUAAAGUUUGUUGUGAAAACUUUGUAUUAUUGUAAUUUUAAUAACAAUACAUAUUUUAAUAAUAACUAUAGAAUAGUAUAAUGUAAAGUAACAAUGACUUCUAAUGAAGAUGUAAGAAAAAAAAAGACAAAUUGUAUGGUAGGUACAUUAUUCUUAGCUGGAAUUGCAGGAAUUUCUACUAUGGUUGGGUUUGGCACUGCUUUAGCGUCAACUAGAAAACAAGAUGCAAAUUUUGAAGCAGGUCUUUAUGAAUCUGGAACUGCAUUAGCUACAAAGGCCCUGAUUCGGGGCUCUCUAUGGGCAAUCGGAGGUUGUGGAUUGCUUUUCUUUGGUAUUUGGAAGCUAUCCGGUGCUAAAACUGCAGAAGAAUUUCGAUUAAAGGCUGGAAGUAUUUUACCAAGGAUACCAAAAAAUAACCCACCACAGAGUAGAACUGAAUUUGAAAACCUUACCGAUUCCUUAGAUAUGUUUCUGAAGAGUGGGGUAAAGAAAUUUACAAGCUGAUUAAAAAAGAUCAUCUAGCCACAGGUUUCACAGAAACUAUAAGUGUAAAUGUUUGCGUUCUUUUAAAAUGCAAAAAUAUCUGUUUAUUACAUUAUAAAUAGUAUUUUUCAUAUAGCAGUAUGUUUUAUACUUAUAUGUAUACGUUAUUAACACAUAAGAUCUAAGAUUUUGAUUUGUAAAUACUACAUGUUACAAUAAAUAAUUUUUGUCUAUUGAACGUCAUAAGUUGAAGAAAAAAUGUUAAAAAUUUAUUUAACAGUGUCAAUAUCAACUUAUUUAUCUCUCCGUGACAAUAAUUAGUUUUUUUCUUUCUUUUCCGGUAAACAUAUAAUUAGUUAAUUUACAUACGUAAUUCACCUGACAUUUAUAUUGGUCUAAGAAACUUGGCAUCGUAUGCAUUAUGUAAAUUAUUAUUUUUUCAUUCUAUUGCAUUUAUAAAUGUUAUAUUUUAAUUAUGCGUAGAAUUAAUAAACAAGUAAAAUGUAAUUCUUGUAAAAUAUUUAGAUAAUUUAAUAAUUGUCGUGAUAAUCAGUGAAUUUAUUAAUUAUACAACUCUACAUAGAGUUGUUUAUUAUUUCUAAAGAAAAGCAUAGAAAUUUAUGUAUGUAGAGGAAAAGAAUGUAAGAAAAAGUGUGAACAAAAAUAUUAUUUAACAGGAAGAUUAGGUAAAACAUAUAUAACAUACGAUAAUUAAGACUAAAACUAUAUUUUUAUACCUCCAGUUAUAAAUUAUUAUUAUUGUUGUUAAUAUACAAUAUUCAUGUAUAAUAAAGAAAAAGCAUAGAUAAUAACAAAAGAAAUGAUACUAACAAAUUAUACAUUUGCUUCUUGUACGCUUGUUUAUUCUAUUAUACACACAUACAAAACGUACAGUUUUUCCCAUUUUGCUUUCAUUUUGCUUAUUUGGAAAGAAGAAGAAUCAAACCAAAAAUGUUUUCUUCAUUUAUCUUGAUAAUGAUGUUUUCUUUCAUUCGAUUGCACUUAUUGCUAAUUACGGAAGAUAAAUGUUCGCUAUAUAGAAUUUAUUAUUAAACAGCCAGAUGAUAUUAUAGUAGCAGGCAAAAUUCUUUUUUUUCUUCUGUAUAUAUGUAUAUUUUACAUUUAGUUUUUCUUUUUUUUUUCUCUGGAGCUUUCUCCAUAUUCAUCGAAUACUUUAACACACUGCAAGCAAUACUCGUGGAAAAUUGAAGAAUUAGAAGAUUCUAAGUGAAAAUUCAUGUUCUACUUAAUUUAACAACGUUUUAAUCUCUAACUUUUAUUACUCGUUUGUCUCCUAAAAAACUAUUUCUCGUUUCUUUUUAAAAAAUUUCUUUCACUUGGAACUGUUAUACAAUUACUUGCAGAAAAAUAACUCGGUAAUUAUAACAUUUCCAAUGACAGAGUAAAUACAGUGUUUAAUCGCAGUGCUACCUGUAUCAAUUACGAAAAGCAGGUUUCUUUUUCUGUUCUUGUCGGAAUUAUGAUUAGACUGAUUUGCAAUAAUGCUUCAAUUUAAUAAUAUUAAAUUAAACAAUUGAAGAUUUCUUAAUUCAUACUUAUGUUUAUCGGUAAUCGAUGCAUUGUUAGAAAGGAUUUCCUAUAAACUCGUACUCUUUUUUCUUUCUUUUUUUUUUUUUGUUACAGAUAACUUGGGGGUACAUAAAUAUUUUCAUACGAACAAUUCAAUUCUUAUCCACCAAAUGAAACGCGUAUAUUUGACCAUUAUCAUCGUUAGUGUAAUAAUUAUUUAAGUAUUUCAAUUAUUGAAUCGAGCAUAGUAGUAGUACAUACUUUGGCAAUAUUUAUUGAUAAAUAAUCAACUAUUGUGCCUUUCGUUGAACCGCGAUAUCCUUUUGUUAUUUUAUUUUAUUUUAUUUAAAAACUAUCAGGAAUAUUUUGAGUUGAACAAAGAAAAGGAAGUUGGUGCGCAGGCUGUAAUAAUUACUAUUGGUUUUUUUACAAAUUCGCUACCUAUUAAAGAGCUAUGUAUUAAUCAUAAUUAAAAUUAUCCGAAAAUCAGUUUGUAAGUGAAAUAGUAAAUGGGAGAAUUUGUAAAUGAUACUGAUAAUAUACAUAUAUUAAUCGUAUUCAUGCCCCCUAUUGGUAAUAUUUGUGCGAAUUAGAAGCAAUAUGGUAAUUUAUUAAAGAAAAUUGAAAAAAAAAGAGAGAAAAGAAACACGGUUUAGUAGAAAGUGUUAAAAAAAAUAAUAAGAUAGUUAAUCAAUUUCGGAUAUAUAACUGCGCGUCGCGUCGAUCAGCGGCAUGGAUAAUUGUUUUAUUUUAAAUAUAAAGAUAUUUUUUUCUAAUACACUCUCAUUUCACUUAACAAAUGCUUUCAUCCUGACCAUGCGACUAGAAUCGAUCAGUUUAUGUUUCAAGGGCGACCAUCCCUACAAAGAUGUCUAUUAAUUGAUAUUGUAUGUAUAUAAAAUUACAAAGAAGGGACCAUUAUUAUUGAAACGUUCUCUUUUUCUCUUCUUUUUAUUCUUACGAAGCUAUUAUUCGCUGCAUCCUCGGUGAAAAAUUGUGAGUUUUAAAACUUAUCGCUUCUUAGAAUGACAACAUUUUUAACAUAUACCUUCAUAUGUACGCGUAUUUAUAUGUAUAUAUGUAUAUAGUAAGUAUAUGUAUAUGCAACAGAAACUGAACUUGAUGUAUUUCUUAUAAUAAUACGCAAGUAAUCUAAAAUAAAUUCAGGUUCUAUUAUCGUAUGAGUUUCAAUGAUUUAAGUAUACGAAUAAAUAUAAAUAAGAUAAUUUAUACAAAAACCUUGUUUAGAAAGGAAUAUUAUGUUAUAGAAAAGUUAGACAUUAACAAAAUAAACGGUUUCUGCAAGGUUGGCUGCAACCUGAAGGUUUACAGAUACGAAUAAGCAGCCCAUUUUAUUAAUCCUAACAGCAUAAAAUAAUCGUAAUAGAAAAUAGUAAAUAUAAAUGUUUUUUUUUCUUUUUUUUUUUCUCUUCGGUUUCUUGCCUUUUUCCGUCUAACGAUCAGGAAUGAUCAAACGAAACAAUGCAAGAUAUUUAUGCGAUAUCGAUCCCUGAUUAUUAUCUUUGUUUUACUAUUUUCUACAAAGAAUAUUUUCUAGCUCGUUUUCGAGGUACGUACGCUUAAUGAACGCACGUGUCACGUGAUAUUUUUUACAUUUUUCUGGUAGAACGAGAUUUCAGAAGAAUUGUCUGUGUUGUCGAUUAAAGCGAUACUUGAACACAUUUACUAUAUGUAUAACAAUAAAUAUAUGAAAAAUUUCUUUUCGUGUGAAAUAUGUAUAUUACGUUUAACAAAUAUAUUCUUUUGAUAUUAAAUAUAAUUUUAUGUCUUCCUCCUCGUUCUACCUAAGGUUUUACAAUAUACAUAUCCAACUCGACGAAGAGGUAUUAGAAGAAAAAAUAUUUUAAAAAAGAAGAAGAAAGAAGAAGAAGAAGAAGAAGAAGAAGAAAAAAUGUCUUCAGAAAUUGUUUUUAGGAACAAAAUAUUUUGAUGAGGUACCUCUAAGUAAGAAGCUCUUUAUUCGUCGAUAAGAUAUUUAACACGAAAUAUGUUAAAUAAAUUAUCAUAAAAUUUAUUACUAAAUUCAGUGUGCAACAUUUAAUAUUAUAAAAUUCAGUGUGCUAUAUGUUUGAAUAACGCAUUACCAUCACUUUCACCCUACCACAACUUGUGUACGACUUUGUUUGUGUCGUUAAUAAAGAGUUAAAAAAAAAUUCUUUCCAAAGGAUAUUUCUCGAAAGCCUACUUUUGAAAGGUAUGUGUUUUCCAAAAGCAUAAUUCUCAGUGUCUUUCGAAAAAGUUUCCGAAAAAGAAAAGAAAAGAAAAGAAAAGAAAAGAAAAGAAAAGAAAAGAAAAGAAAA